AUGUCGACCAAGCAGAAGAAGCCCGCCGGAAAGCAGCGUUCCGCCAUUGCGGACGUCGUUGCUCGCGAGUACACCGUCCACAUGCACAAGCGCCUCCACGGUGUUUCCUUCAAGAAGCGCGCUCCUCGUGCCAUUAAGGAGAUCAAGGCUUUUGCUUUCCAGGCUAUGGGCACCACCGAUGUCCGCGUCGACCCCCAGCUGAACAAGAAGGUUUGGGAGCAGGGCAUCAAGGGCGUUCCCUACAGACUCCGCAUCCGCAUCUCCCGCAGACGAAACGACGAGGAGGGCGCCAAGGAGAAGCUGUACAGCUACGUCCAGGCCGUCAACGUCAAGAACCCCAAGGGUCUCCAGACCGUUGUCGUUGAGGAGUAA